AUGUGGGAAGCAGAGUCUGGUCCCGGGCACCGCCCUCAGAACAGAAGGCGAAGCCGUCUGGGGUAAGCCAGCCUGGGCAUCCUGCACUGCGCAGCCGCAGCUUUCCAGGGACGGGCCCUGGAGGACGCCGAGGAGGGCGGUCAGAGCGCUUUGAAAAGGGCCGAGGGCCGCGUCUUGGCGAGACCGUGGGAACGUCUCCUCAGGAGGAGUCCUCGCCGCUCUGGCCGGCUCGCCUCCAACCCUGGCAGCUCCGCCACCUGUCCUCCCACCCAGGCGCCUACGGGUGCGGGCGGCCGCGGGCGGCUCCCGCAGUGCGCAGGCGCGAGGCCCGGGGGCGGGGCGACCGCGCCGUCGGGCGGGAAGGGACGGGCGCGCUGGGCAGGCGGCGGCGCGCUGGCCCGGCUUGAGGCCGUAGCUGCGGAAGAGGUGGCGGCUGCGGCCGCUGUCCUGAGAAUGGAGAGGACGGCUUUGGCUGUCUGCGAGAUUUUGAGAUACUUAAUAAUUCACUGGAAGUCUGAAACGGGACUGGCAGAGGGCUCCUGGCUAGAAGGGCAGCUGAUGAUUUCCAUAGAAGCAUUGAGCUCAAAGCACUUGCCGAAUUCUCUGCACUGUGCAAUAUCUAUUGCUUCUACAGGAAGUGUUCAUGGUGGCUUGGUCUUCAAGAAGUUUCUACAAGAAAUACAACCUGUGCUGCCCCGAUUCUCUGCACAGCUGACUUGGGCUUCAGAGGAGGGUGACCAUUCUCAAGAUACAUCAGGCAGAACACCAUUCCAGAUGAUUUUUAAGGCUCAUGAAAGUCCUCGACGUUUGGUGACAGACUGUCUGGUUAUAAAGCAUUUUUUACGAAAAAUCAUCAUAGUUCAUCACAAGCUCAAGUUUAAUUUCAGUUUAACGGUGAAUGGGAUCCAUUCUGCAGAGAUCUUUGGGGUAGAGAACGAGCCGACUUUGAGACUGUCCAAUGGCAUCACUCUUGCUGUGGACUUUCAGCAUUAUGUGAGUAAGCCAAAAUUGAGUCCCAGUGGGUCACACUGCAGCAGAAUCCACCCUGUGCUCGGACAUCCAGCAGUGCUGUCCAUCCCUGACGGCACGGCCAACGCGGCGUCAGUGGGCAAACUGACACUGACUCCGGUUGCAGCUCUGUGCCCCAGCCCCAAGAGCUUCUCCAGCCAACUGAACAGGAUUGCUUCAGUUUCCAUAUUUCUGUAUGGACCUUUGGGUCUACCUCUGAUAUCAGAUCAGGAGCAGCCAAGUACCACUGUCUUCAGAGAUACUUCUUAUUUCAUUGACUGGAAGAAACACAAUUUGUUUAUGGUGCCCAGUUUGGAUCUCAAUUUGGAUACAGAUUUGGUACUUCCAGAUGUGAGUUAUCAAGUGGAAUCCAGUGAGGGGAAUCAGUCUCAGGAUAUGGACUCAAAGGGACCGGUUCUGCUACUUUUCCUAUUUGUGGAUUUCCACAGUGAAUUUCCAGUCCAGCAAGUGGAAAUCUGGGGACUCCAUACUUUGCUCACAGCUCAUCUCAGUGCCAUCCUCUCAGAGAGCCACAGCACAGUGCAAGACUCCAUCCAGUCAGCCGUGGAUCAGGUGUUGGAGCGGCAUCGCCAGGCUGCCCAGGCUCAUCAGAGACUGCAGGGAUCCCUCUCUGUGGCUGUGAACUCCAUCAUGAGUGUGCUGACUGGAAGCACCUGCAGCAGCUUCAGGAAGACAUGCCUCCAGGCUCUUGAGGCAGCUGACACACAGGAAUUUGGGACCAAACUGCAUAGAAUAUUUUAUGAUACCACCCAGCACCGACUUUGGCACCACUGCUCAUGUGACACAGAACAGCACCCAACUCCAGAGAAAAGGCAUUCCGCCCAGAAUACCGAAGGCUGGCAUGGGAACAUCGGCCUGGAGUCCCUUGUAGAGACCAGCGGGCAAGCAGAAAACAAGAAGCUCAAGAGAAGCCCUAACCAGGGCAGGGAAGAGUCGCAAGCUCUGUGCCCCGCCAGGGAUCUGAGCCCUCCAGAGUCUGCCACAGGUCACCACGAGCCCACCGUGGCCUCCCCAAGUGCCGGAGGAUCGCAGGCCCAAGCGGCGCACGGCAGGGCCCGGGCGGCUGACGCAGCGAGCGCUGCCGGCGGCCUGGAGGUACUACGGCGAGCGCGGGGUGGGUGCGGGCCUGGGCCGCUGCCGCUGAGUCCUCACCACUGUCUCCUCUGCUCCCGCAGGACUUGUGGCUGCAAGAGGUCUCCAAUCUGUCCGAGUGGCUGAGUCCGGGGCGCAGGUUCUAAGAGCCCGCUACUGAGGAUCACAGAAGCGGGCCAAA